CUAGUCCAUUUAUAGACAAAAAUAAAUAAAUACACUGUCUAUGGGGAAUAAACAAAGACAUCGAAUGCCUUUACAAUCGGAAUAGUUUUCCGUUUACGCCAGCUGUAGUAAAACGAUAACGUCAGAGUCAUUAAAUGAUUGGCUUAAAAGGAGCACGUGGUCGAGUCAUUGAACGACAGAUUGCCAUCUCCUCCUUAAAACAACUCUGAUUAUACUGACUCUCAUGGCAAGAAAAGGCACGAGUGGUACAGAAAUAGAUUCCAUUAACUAGUCGCCUCUUAAUAAUGCCCAGUCUGGGUGAUGGAGAGGCGUGGUACGCCCUUCCAGUUUACACCCGAUACUGGCAGGCCAUGAGCUGGCACCAGAGGCAUAAGCGGGCGUACAGAAAAGCUUUGGAGGUUGGCUACUUCCAGGCACUGUAUUCCAUGUACCCCUCUGCCACCCAGCGAUACUCAGGUUGGCAUGCAGACGAGAGCUGUAGGAACGGUCACAGAGACAGAACGACAGGUAGAGAAGAAGAAAGGGAGAAUGAAGCCACUGAUUCAGACAGUGAGACUGAGGAGGAGAGUUCGGAUGAGAGCCAGAUCGAGUGUGAUGUCAGUAACAUGGACAUCUCAGAAGAGCUGCGACAAUACUUUGCCCAGACAGAGCGACACCGGCAGGAACUCCAGAAACAACAGCAGAUGGAGGCAGAGCAGCAGGACUCGUAUGUUCUAGCUGACCAAGUCUUGCACAGAGUUUCCUGGCGCAGCAGCCUGCCUCCUUCAGAGUGUCCUGGAGAAAGGAGGACUGCAGAGAUGAAGAAGCUGUAUGGUAAAGAUGCAGCAAAGAUUCAGGGGAUGGAAGCAGCCAUGCAGCUCACCUUUGACUGCAGCUGUGACAAAAAACUGCCCAAAUACUGGCCUGUUAUACCCCUUAACCCGUAGGACGAUCAGACUCCGUCAUUAGUAAAAGUGGCAAAAAUCACAGGAUGAAGAACCUGUUUUAUGAAGUGCUGGCUUGACAGUGCUGACAGAGACAGUAAUGACCUUUUGCAUAUAUAGAACAAACACUUGUUAGGUCCUAAUAGACAUAAAACAUGGAGAUUAUAUUUAAUAAAUAGUCAGUUCCGUAUGAUCAGUAAAAACUCUGAAAAUGACUUCUGUAAUCCCCCAAUAACACUCAUUUUCUUUUGCGAUAUCUACAUUUGUCUGUAUAUAGUGGCAUCCACAGACAACAUAGU